UUGCCAAUCACACAACCAUUCCCCUUUCUCUUGCCUUCCACACAUAUCAUUCCUCUCAAAACCCAGAGAAAAUGAAGAAAUUCCCCAUCACAAUUGCUUUCCUUUUCAUGGCGGUGAUGGUGGCGCUUCUGAGCGGAGCUCGUGUGGCGGAGGCUGUGAACUGCAGCCCUAUGGAGCUGUCCUCAUGUGCGGGGGCCAUCACGUCGUCGUCGACCCCAUCCAGCACUUGUUGCAACAAGUUGAGAGAGCAAAAACCAUGCCUUUGCGGUUAUAUAAGGAAUCCAGCUUUGAGGCCUUACGUGCAAUCUCCUGGCGCCAGAAAGGUUGCUGCCAAGUGUGGCGUUCCCUUCCCCAGCUGCUAGACCCUACACCCCUUGCUUUCCAUAUAGAUAUCAAGUUGGGGAGCCUAUUACAAAGUCCAAGUAUCAAAAUAAUAAAAACAAAAAAUUUAAACUUAGUAGUAGUGUUCGUAUAUCUAUUAAGCUCUGUUUCCACUGUAUGUUCUUCAACUUUUACGUUGAGAAGAUUAGUAUUAAAAUAAAGCAUGAAAUAUUAAGAGAUGCUCUAAU